GUCACACCCACACUGCCUCCAGUCAUGAACCAGUCAUAGGGCAGGAGUCACUGGUAUUUGGUCGGACAAGGAAUGUAAAUGUCUGAGGACAAGGAAGCCCAGGAGGAUGAGCUGCUUGCUUUAGCAAGUAUCUAUGAUGAGGAGGAGUUCCGCCAGGCUGAGACUGCUCAGGGGGGAGAGAUCCAACUCUGUCUGGAGCUCCCUCCUGAUUUCAAAGUUGUUGUCAAAGGAGAGAAGAAAACUGAAUAUAAUGUCUGCUUCUUACCUCCUUUGGUGCUCAACUUUGAGCUUCCUGCAGACUACCCGUCUACAUCCGCACCAGUCUUCACUCUCAGCUCUAAAUGGAUGACCAAGGCACAGAUGAGCUCUCUGUGCAGACGCCUGGAUGAGCUGUGGGAGGAGAACCAAGGCUGUGUGAUUCUUUUCACAUGGAUCCAGUUCCUCAAAGAGGAGGCUCUGGACUUUCUGGCCAUCCAGUCUCCUCUUGAAGUCAUCAGGGGGGGAAGUAAGGCAGGUGGUGCACACAGAAAAACCGACCCAGCAGCCACAGCUUUGACAGAGGCGAGUCACUCUGAAAACGCUGAUGAAAAGAAAAGAGAGGUGAGCAAAGAAAAGUCUGAACCACCUCUGUCAGUGUCUUCUCAACUGGACCCGCGGGCCGUCCUGUUGAUGGACCCGUGUGCCGACCUCCUACCUCAGCUCCUGGACUUUGACGAGGAGCAGCGCCAAAGGGUGUUUGACAGCAAGGUGUUCGGCUGCGGGAUCUGCUUUGCAGAGAAGCUGGGCUCCAGCUGCCUCUGCUUUAAGGAGUGCCAGCAUGUCUACUGCAAGGCCUGCAUGACUGAAUACUUCCAGAUCCAAAUACGGGACGGCAACGUUCAGUGCCUUAAUUGCCCUGAGCCCAAAUGUACCUCCUUAGCCACACCAUCACAGGUGAAGCACCUGGUGGAUGAGGAGCUGUUUGCCCGUUAUGACCGUUUGCUGCUCCAGUCCACUCUGGACCUCAUGGCCGACGUGGUCUACUGUCCCCGCCAGUCUUGCGGCACCGCUGUUAUGGUGGAGCCAGACACAACCAUGGGCAUUUGCUCGGCCUGCCAGUAUGCUUUUUGCACACUGUGCAAGCUGGGCUAUCACGGUCUCUCCCACUGUAAAGUUACUGCAGAUGAAUUGCGUAACCUCAGAGAUGAGUACCUGUCAGCCACAGAUGAGGGCAAAAAGUUCCUCGAGCAACGCUUCGGGAAGAGGGUGAUCCAGAAAGCAGUGGAAGAGUCCUUUAGCAGAGACUGGCUCAACGAGAACUGCAAAGGAUGCCCACGCUGUGGAACUAAUAUACAGAAAGUGGAUGGCUGUAACAAGAUGACGUGUACCUCGUGUAGACAGUACUUCUGCUGGCUGUGCCUGGGCCUCCUCAGCAAAGUCAACCCGUACAGUCACUUCAACAACCCACAUUCACCCUGCUACAACCAACUCUUCCAUGGUGUGGAUCUUGAUGAAGAAGAUGCCUUCUGGAGUGACGAGGAAGACUGACACCUGCGCAGUGCCUCGCUGCUGUAUGCUCCAUUCGAAUGCACUUUAUCUCACAUCACCAUCUCGUCACUUGUGACACUCACUAUGCCUGUGUUAGCACAACGGUGCCACUGCAUUUAUGUACUACGGUAUCACUGUUUAUGUUGAAUAUGACCAGGCAUCUUGGGUAUAAAACAUUCAGUGUCUGGGUAUAAAUUGUUCGUAUUUAUAAUAUAUGACAGAUGUCAUGUACAUAAAGUGAUCAGGAAUGGGAAGAACAGUUUAAGCUUUAUCUCAGAGAGAAAUAGAGAGAUUUGGUAAUUUUGAUAAAUGUAGACGUUUUCUUAAAAAGGUUUAACAUCGAAAAUAUGUGUUUAUUGACAGUGAAUCUUUUAUGACAGUGUCAUAUAACUGAAUCUAAAUCUCAAAACGUACAGCAGGUGAACAGAAAACAACUAAUGCAUUUAAAACUCUCUCCAUAAUUGGACUUAUUCAUGAUAAGCUUUGACAUCUCACAAGCUUACAAUACUGCAACCACUGACUCAGUUUGUUAAAUUCAAGGUGUUUGCUUUCAGUUAGCUCGCAGGGAAAGAAGGACUGCAUUCGCCCUUCCUCGUCACAUUAAGUAUUCAGCUUGUUAUAUAAAGUAUCUAUCCUCUGGCUGGCUUUCGGUCACAUGUCUAAAGUGUGACACACAACUAACAGCUGAAACCUCAACAUGGAUGAUUAAGUAGAUUUCAUGAUCUAAGCAAGAUACACACCCUUGACAGGGGUUUAAAGCAAUGAAGGCGAACCUGGAGAUUCAUCGAGACGUAAUUACAGACUUAGAUUUCGUUGUUUCAGCUUUAGGCUGUUUUGGUUGACUACCAGAGUGGGAAACCCUUCUAUCUCCCUCAGAGUUCAGACUCUGUAUGAUGACAUUUUUUCAUGUUUUCCUAGGAUUUAAUUUUUCGUUUAAAAAGAUUAUGUUUAGAUUUGCUUUUCUUGAGAUGAGUUUACUUCUAGAAACGCGUCUUUGCACGCCAUAUAAAGUCACAGGAGUUGAGAAGAGGAAUCUUAUGAGAUGGGGGAAUGUUUUAGUCACAUGUAUUUUUCCAUACAGAAUGUAAUAACGGAGGAUGCCGCACUAAAUAUAGUUAUGACAGCGAGUCCUCUGAUGGUGUAACAGGGAUUGUAAUAAUGAUGUGUGUGUGUGUGUGUGUGGAGUUUUUCAGGGACUGAGUUGUGAGACAGGAAAUCCUAACUUGGUGAACAGCCGAGACAUUUAGGAGUGAUUGAUUUGAUUUAUUCACACCUCCUUUGUACAACUGUUGCCAAAUAUUAGUGUCAAAGAGAGGCCAUAUAAUCUUGUCUAGAGAUACAAAAAAUACAAAAAAAUGUUUUGUAUCAUGCUUAAUUUAUUUUAAUUUUUCUUUAUCCUUUUUUAAGAAAGGAGACUACAUCACGCAGGCAGUUCUGUUAUGAGCCCUGCAUCAAAUCUGUUCUUUUUUCAAUGUUGAAUGAUAUGCUGCUCUCUGCUUUAAAGGAUUGAUGCUGGGUUGGGCUGGUUUAAAAAAAAGACAAUCUCUUGUUCAGUCUUGAAAUGCACAUGGAUUCACUUUCCCUUCAGUGCAGACCCACUUUCACGUCAUGUCUCAUGUAAGAAACGUUUGAAUACAGGACUUGCAGAAUCCUGUUAGAAUAAAUUCAGGCAUACUGUUCCUCCAAAUAAAUGUUACCACUUAA